CUCUCAAGGCAAUGAAGGCCUCCAACCCCAACGACGAGGCCAUUGAGGAGGGCGUCGACACACACUCGCAGAACACAGUGCACGCCCGUCUGCGCGCCAACUCGACCACAGUCGCCAACCGUGGUGAAAUUCCCAUUCGUAUCUUCCGUACCGCACACGAGCUUUCGCUACAAACAGUAGCCGUGUACAGUCACGAGGACCGUCUGUCUAUGCACAGACAGAAGGCUGAUGAAGCCUAUGUCAUUGGCAAGAGAGGAGAGUACACACCUGUUGCUGCUUACCUCGCCAUCGACGAGAUUGUCAAGAUCGCCAAAUCACACAAUGUUAACCUCAUUCACCCUGGUUAUGGCUUCUUGAGUGAGAACGCCGAGUUUGCUCGCAAGGUCGAAGAAGCUGGAAUGAUCGUAANNUUUGUUGGUCCUACUCCUGAAACCAUCACCGCUCUCGGUGACAAAGUCUCGGCCCGUGAGCUCGCCAUCAAGUGCAAGGUUCCCGUCGUCCCCGGUACCGACGGCCCUGUCGAGAAGUUUGAAGAAGUCAAGAGUUUCACCGACCAGCACGGAUUCCCCAUCAUCAUCAAGGCAGCCUUUGGUGGUGGUGGUCGUGGUAUGAGAGUCGUCUGGAAGCAAGAGGAGCUCAAGGAGGCCUUCGAGCGUGCCACAUCCGAGGCCAAGUCUGCCUUCGGUAACGGUACCGUCUUCGUCGAGCGCUUCUUGUACCGCCCCAAGCACAUUGAGGUCCAACUUCUGGGUGAUAGCCACGGUAACGUUGUUCACCUCUACGAGCGUGACUGCAGUGUCCAAAGACGUCACCAGAAGGUCGUCGAGCUUGCUCCUGCAAAGGACUUGCCCGAAGAGACCCGUCAGGCCAUCUUGGACGACGCUGUCAAGUUGGCCAAGUCGGUCAACUACCGCAACGCUGGUACUGCAGAGUUCUUGGUUGACCAGGAGAACCGCCACUACUUUAUCGAGAUUAACCCCAGAAUCCAGGUCGAGCACACCAUCACAGAGGAAAUUACUGGCAUCGAUAUUGUCGCUGCUCAAAUCCAGAUCGCUGCAGGUGCAUCGCUUGAGCAGCUGGGUCUCACUCAGGACCGCAUCUCAGUCCGCGGUUUCGCCUUCCAAUGCCGUAUCACUACCGAGGAUCCUUCCAAGGGCUUCCAGCCCGACACUGGCAGAAUCGAGGUCUACCGCUCUGCUGGUGACGGAGGCAACGGGUUUGCAGGAGCCGUCAUUACUCCUCACUACGACAGCAUGCUUGUCAAGUGCUCAUGCCGUGGCUCAACCUACGAAAUCGUCCGCAGAAAGAUGCUUCGUGCCUUGGUCGAGUUCAGAAUCCGUGGUGUCAAGACCAACAUUCCCUUCUUGGCAUCUCUGCUCACCCACCCUACCUUCAUCGCCGGUGAAUGCUGGACUACUUUCAUCGAUGAUACCCCUGAGUUGUUCGCCCUGGUCAACAGUCAGAACCGUGCCCAGAAGUUGCUCGCCUACCUUGGUGACCUCGCCGUGAACGGCAGUCAGAUCAAGGGUCAGAUUGGUGAGCCCAAGUUCAAGGGCGACAUCAUCAUUCCUACCCUUCACGAUGAGCAGCAGAAGGUCUUGGACGUUUCCGAACCUUGCAAGAAGGGUUGGAGAAACAUCAUUGUGGAGCAGGGUCCCGCAGCUUUCGCUAAGGCCGUCAGAGCCAACAAGGGCUGCUUGAUCAUGGAUACCACAUGGAGAGAUGCUCACCAGUCUCUUCUUGCCACUAGAGUCCGUACUGUCGACUUCCUCAACAUCGCCAAGGAGACCAGCUACGCUCUCAGCAACGCCUGGGCUCUUGAGUGCUGGGGUGGUGCCACUUUCGAUGUCGCCAUGCGCUUCCUCUACGAGGACCCAUGGGACAGACUGCGCAAGAUGAGAAAGCUUGUGCCCAACAUUCCUUUCCAGAUGCUCCUCCGUGGUGCCAACGGUGUUGCCUACUCAUCCCUGCCUGAUAAUGCCAUCACCCACUUCUGUGAGCAAGCAAAGAAGAACGGUGUCGACAUUUUCCGUGUCUUCGAUGCCCUGAACGACGUUGAGCAACUUGAGGUUGGUGUCAAGGCCGUCCUGAAGGCUGGUGGUGUUGCCGAGGGAACUGUCUGUUACUCUGGUGACAUGCUUAACCCCAACAAGAAGUACAACCUCGAGUACUAUAUGGGUGUCGUUGAGAAGAUCGUCAAUAUGGGCGCUCACAUUCUUGGUAUCAAGGAUAUGGCUGGUGUUUUGAAGCCCAAGGCUGCCACUAUGCUGGUUGGCGCCAUCAGAAAGAAGUACCCCGACCUGCCUAUUCACGUGCACACUCACGAUUCGGCCGGUACCGGUGUCGCUUCGAUGGUUGCUUGCGCUCAGGCUGGUGCCGACGCCGUCGAUGCUGCUACUGACAGCAUGUCUGGUAUGACCUCUCAGCCCAGCAUUGGUGCUCUUGUUGCAUCCCUUGAGGGAAGUGAUCAUGACCCCGGUCUCAACGCUCACCACCUGAGAAUGAUCGACCACUACUGGGCUCAGUUGCGCCUCCUCUACUCGCCCUUCGAGGCUGGUCUUACUGGUCCUGACCCUGAAGUCUACGAGCACGAGAUUCCUGGUGGUCAACUUACCAACCUCAUCUUCCAGGCCUCUCAGCAAGGUCUCGGCGAGCAAUGGGCACAGACCAAGAAGGCCUACGAGCAAGCCAACGACUUGCUUGGCGACAUCGUCAAGGUCACUCCUACCUCCAAGGUUGUUGGUGAUCUCGCCCAGUUCAUGGUCAGCAACAAGCUGAGCUACAACGACGUUCUCGAGAAGGCCGAGCAGCUCGACUUCCCUUCAUCCGUUCUUGAGUUCUUCGAGGGUCUCAUGGGUCAGCCCUACGGUGGAUUCCCCGAGCCUCUCCGUACCAAGGCUCUCCGUGAACGCAGAAAGAUGAACAAGAGACCUGGUCUCUACCUUGAGCCCGUCAACUUCGACGAGGUCCGCAACAAGCUCAAGGAGCAGUUCGGUGGAUACACCGAGACUGAUGUUGCUUCAUACGUCAUGUACCCCAAGGUGUUCGAGGAUUUCAAGAAGUGGACACAGAAGUUCGGAGACCUUUCAGUCUUGCCUACCAAGUACUUCUUGGCCAAGCCUGAAAUUGGUGAGGAGUUCCACGUUGAGCUCGAGAAGGGUAAGGUGCUCAUCAUCAAGCUUCUGGCCAUCGGUCCCCUUUCGGAGCAGACUGGCCAGAGAGAGGUCUUCUACGAGAUGAACGGUGAAGUCCGUCAAGUCACUGUUGACGACCAACACGCCGCUGUUGAGAACAAGUCUCGCAAGAAGGCCGAUCUUGGCGACAGCAGCCAGGUUGGUGCACCCAUGAGUGGUGUUGUUGUCGAGCUCAGAGUCAAGGAGGGCAGCGAGGUCAACAAGGGUGACCCCAUCGCCAUUCUGAGUGCCAUGAAGAUGGAGAUGGUCAUCAGUGCACCUCACUCUGGUAAGGUUGGCGAGCUCAGUGUCAAGGAGUCGGACUCUGUGGACGGCCAGGACCUUAUCUGCAAGAUCGUCAAA